UACGCCAACACGCUCAUUUGCGUCAUCACGCAACGUGCUUACGCAAUUCCGUUACGCGCGAAAUUUUGAGCGAACAAAACAAUCGUCAGAAGAUCCGCCGCAGUUCCCGCUUCACACACACAAUAACCGACGGAACCGAUCGCGAUGGCGGAGUUGGGCUGCUACUCUCCCAGCUUUAAAAAACCGUCUGAUGUUCUUCGGAUGCGACGGAAGCGCGCGCGGAGCGAAGGGCCCAACAGGAGGACGUCGAGUCCGGUGGUGUCGGUGGACGGAGUCCGGCCGUUCUCUCCGGGGCCGCUGUUGAACGCACCGGGCCGCACGAGCGGCGGCGUGAAGCGCAGAAAUCCUUUCGCGAACAUCGAGAACACGUACAACAGCCCCAAGAAACGAGCUUUAUCACACACAGACGGCUGUAACGGCGCUCUGGACGGGAAGAAGGCGGCAGCUGCAGUUCUGGACGGGAAGUUCAGAGAAGAGCUGUUCAGUACCGACCAGCGAACACAACACCAGAUAAAGACGCCGGUCUCCCUCUCUGAAGAUGACGGUCUGUUUGAGGACGAUCUGUUUGAGCCGGACAGAUCCGCUCCAGUGCUGAAGAGUCCAGAGGCGGUUUGCUCCGUGGCUCCGGCUGAAGUGUGUCUGGAGUUCCCGGCGGAUUGGUCCCUGAAAACGCGCGUGUUGUUCACGUCUCCUCAGCCGUUCUCCUGGGCUGAGCAUGUGAAGGCGCAGGAGGAGGCGCAGGGCUUGAGCUCGCACUGCAGGGCCGAGUUCUCCAGCUUACCUGCUAACAUACAGGAUCCCCGGGGCUGUGCGGAGCUGCGCUGUGGUUUUCAGCAGUGUCUUCAGUACUGGCAGCACCCGUCGUUGCCCUGGCUCUCCCUCUUCCCACGGAUCGGUGCGGAGCGCAAGUUCUCUGGCAAGUGCGUGCCGUGGGCGCAGGACGAAGCGCUGCAGCAGAGCCUGAUGAGCGACUGGUCUGUGAGUCUGACGUCUCUCUACAGUCUGCUGAAGGCCCGACUGUGUCCGUAUUUCUACCUGUGCUCGUAUCAGUUCACUGUGCUGUUCAGAGCGGCCGGUCUGAGCGGCUCUAAAGGCAUCACUGCACUGCUGUCGCCCACCACUAGAGGGCUGCGAGAGGCCAUGAAGGCUGAGGGGAUAGAGUUCUCACUCCCUCUGCUGGAGGAGCGGAGGAAAAGCAAAGAGCUCGGCUCAUCUCAGGCCGGUGAGAGCGUCCAGCAGACUGACAGUGAGGAAGUAUUAAGUGAGCACAGUGAAAACGAGGAGGAGGAGGAUGAUGACGAUGAAUGUGGAUUUUCUUGGUUGAAGGAGAUGGGCGUCCAAGACAAGAUCAAGAAACCAGAUGCCAUUUCUAUCAAACUUCGUAAGGAGCACAGAGAGGUGCGUUUGGACCACAGGCCCGAGUCCGUGGUGUUGGUGGAGGGUUCGAACACCUUCACGCUGCUCAACUUCCUCAUUAACUGUAAGAGUUUGGUGGCAGGAGCCGGUUCACAGGCAGGACUUCCUCCAACACUCCUGGCCCCUACAGCCUUCAGAGGCGCCACACUGCAGACGCUCAAGGCCCGCACUGUGAACGUGAAGACUCAGGUGAGGACGGGCUAUCAGGACGUGUGCAGUCUGGAGGUGACGGGUCCCAUCAUGCCCCACACGCUCCACGCGCUGACGCAGCUCCUGAGACCCGCUCAGAGAGGAGAGUUCAGCGUGGGUCUCUACACCCAUGAGCCCACGGCCGUCCUCAACGUACCCAUCAGCCAGAGCUCUGAGCCGCCACAGCUGGAGAGUGUUGUACAGGAUCUGGGCAGGUGUGGUCUACAGCAGAGCUCCGUUCAGCAGCUGGCAGCGCCGAGCAUGCUGGGAAAGUGUGCGCUCAGACAGCUGCACAUGAGAGACUACUCGUACAGCUGGAAGUCCUGAGAGUCGUGAGCUAGUGGACGUCUCCUCUCCUCUGACAGGCCAGGACUAUUAAUAUCUCUUGGCAUAUCGGGCGUCCUGUGACGUUACAGUACGAGCGCUCAGAGAUUGUGCUUGUGUAUAGUGUAGCUUUUAGUGUACGAUGUAUGUGAACGUUAGUUUAAAAUGUCGUUUUAAGUCUCAAUUUUUAUGGAGUGUUUUAGAUGAUGUGAUUUUAAAGCUUGAGUUUUAAUCAUCGUCUCUUUAUGAGAAACAACUGAGUCCUUCCUCAAGAAGUACACGUGUAAUUCUGUGUUAAACGCUCUUCUGACUGUUGAAAUCCAGUGUGUUAUUCACACUUGUAUGAAUGUAUAAUAUUAAAUGAGUUGAAAUAUU